GUGGCGGCCGUCGUGGUCACCGAACCCCUCCACGCCGGCCUGGCCGCCCCCGGCGUCGAGCUGGUCGUCGAGUCGGAGGAGCAGUUUCAGGCCUGCCAGCGCUGGAUCGCCAGGAGGACGGAAGCCGUGAUGAGGCGCUUGCAGAGCAACAACGUGAAGCUGCUGCUGUCGAGCGUGAAACAACACGAAGUAGUUAUCUAUUUUGCAAAACUGUACAGCGUAUCUGUUGUCGAGUGUUUGUCGUCAGAAGAGAUCGCCCUUCUCCGCAAAAUCACGGGCAUCUCGCCUUUUACACCUUCUUGUGAUGAUACGCAUAGAGAAAUCACCGAAAUUGCAGUGGCAGCGUUUUGUCAGCCCUUGCUGCUCGGCUCAGAGAGAUACGUUCACCUUGGCUUCACCAGCACGUGUGCCUUUCAGCCUCAUUGCCUCAUUCUCUGUGGGCCAGCCCAUGGUGUUAAUGAGCAACACGCUGCUGCUUUUCAAGGGGCCUUUAAAAUGCUAGAGCAGCUAUUUAAAACAGUUGAACAGAGAGAGGAAUGGGAAGCAGAAGGUGAAAGCCAGAAUGAAACCUCAGAUAUCUGUGGUUGGCAUUCUUCCGCUUCUGAGAAGCAACUCCUCAUAGAAAAUACCUCCUGUAACGCUAAUCAGGGUUCUGAACGUCAGCUCAGAGCAGGUAGGGGUGAAGCAGAGACACAGAUUGUAGAGUCUGACUUACAGGGAAGUGAAAAUCCAGCAUGUGUGCAAGCAGACUUGCAAACGUCCUCAAGUCUUGUCUCACCCAUCAAAGAAUUAAGUGCUCUCACUGUCAGAGAUAGCUUUUCAAGAGAUGAACAGAAACUGCAUCCAAAAUGGAAGCAUCCAGAUGAAGUUCACAAGAAUUGUAGAAGUGGUUUAGUGCUGGACAAUCAGAAGAAUGGUAGUACCGCUAUAUUAGCAGCAGGCAAUGCUAAUGCAAUUGUAUCUGAACACUUAGAUGCUCAUAAAGGUACAGAGAAAAUUAGUUGUAAAGCAGGAUCAGUUUUACCAGUAGGGGGUAACUUUGAAAUACUGUUACAUUAUUAUAUUCGGCACUAUGCAAAACAGUGUCGAGAGUCAUCGGUAGCUGACAUAUCUGGUAUCAUUGCUGAUGCCUUGCUAAGCAUUCCGAAGUCCCUAUACCGGACAGCAGAAGGAAAUAGUUUUAACAAAUUCUAUCUCAAAGCCAUAGAUGCGCUCAGGAAAAAUGAGCCGCUGCCGAUGGAUCAGAAAGGCUUAGAAUCGGUGUAUUGUAAAUACCAGUUAGUAAUUUCCGUUCUUAAUUGUAUUACCGAGCUUCUCACUAUUGACUUAAUAAUUGGUGUUAAGCGGCCGCUGCAAAAAAUUGAGGAUAAUGACUCAGAAGAUGAUUUCUGAAACAAUAAAGAACUCUUUUGAUUUUG